GGCAGGACACCAGAUGGUUUUUAUAGGCACGCGGGGGACAACUGGAUUUGGAGCACGUUGUGGUUUUCAUCUGGAACAGCAUCAUCCAGCUCUUCAAAAAGCGUUGAAGCGCGUACGGGGGUUCUUCCGUGUGAUUUCGGCGGAUGCUGCUUACUGUCCUCCUCACUUACAACUUUGCGGUUACUCUGCAGAGACACGUUUUGGCUCUUGGAAUGUGAAGACGACUCUUGGAGAGAGACGAGUGUCAAGUUCCAAUUCUUGUUUUCUUCUUUCUCCGUGCGAGGGGUCAAACUAUCUUCUGAGCACCUUCUUGGCACCUUCCCCUCCUUUCUUCUCGAAGUCCCCAGUCAUAGAUUUUAUUCUAAAGGAGUGCGUUAUUUUUAUUAUGGAAGUAAAUCAACUGUGCUUUUAUCUUUAAAAAUGGCAAUCUCG